AUGGAAGUGCAAUGCAGCGAAGGCAAAACGCUAUUUAAACUGUUUAAAAAUAACUCCUUAACAUGCCGCACCGAUAUCCGGCAUAAUAAGUCGUUAUUUUUAAUGAUGAUGAGAAAGAAAGCGACCUUUUCGGACAUCUUUGGUGUGCUGUUCGUUCGUUUAAGAGAUGGAAUUAAGAUGUUUGUACGUGCACCGUAUUUACCGCUCCGUCCCCGUGACGAAGCAGAACUGGUCGACGCUGAUGCUGCGCGACGGCUGAAAGCAAAAUUUCCAAAGUUACCGGAGCGCAAAGGAAUUAAUAUCUCGGCAAUGUAUUGA